GCUGUCCUCGAUGAUCAGGAUUCUGGAACUGAAAUUGCUAUGUAUGCUGGCUUGAAGGCGGUUGCCCUUAAUUUUAAUAGAAAUAUCACUACUAUGGACAUCAUCAAGAUUCCAAAAGCCCACUUCGCCAAUGCAACAAAUACUGUAUCUUUGGCUUUCCGUCCUUGUCUUUAG